AAAUAAAUAAUCAGUUAUUGCAUAAAUAAUUACUAGGAUAUUUAUUUGUAAUUUUGAAUUUUUUUUUUUAUUUUCGUAAAUUUUUUAGAGAACAGUUCGGCAAAAAAAUUAACUUCGGGUAUCUUCGGUUUCGAGAUAAAACAACAAAGAAAAACACUUUGUAUUUGUUUAGUAAACAAUGAAAGUGAAAUAAAAAUUUUUUUAAAUAUAUAUAUAUAUAUAUAAUCAUGCAUAAAAAUACUAAACAUAUGUUUCUUAAAGAUUAUUACAAAUCAGUAUUUCCUAAAAGUAAAAUAAAGUUCUGGUUAACCUACGGCAAUAUUGAACCAUUUGAAUUGAGAGAAUUUUCUUUCAGAACAGUGGAGGAUAAAUUUUCACGGUAUGAAUCAUUUGAAAAUGAAAAAGAAUUAUAUGAUAAAUUGCUUAAAUUAAUUCCUAAUAGAAUCGAUGUCGGUCCGAUUUAUAAUAAGAGACCUUUUUGGAACUCGAAAUCAAAAUUGAUACCAUUGAAAAAAGAGUUGGUGAUUGAUAUCGACUUGACUGAUUAUGAUGACAUAAGAAUUUGUUGUGCCAAAGAUAAAAUAUGUGGGAAAUGUUGGAAAUAUAUGAAAGUUGCUUGUAAAAUAAUAAAUUCAUCUCUUCAAGAAGACUGGAAUUUUAAAAAUAUCCUAUGGGCAUUUUCUGGUCGUCGUGGAAUCCACGCAUGGGUUUGCGACAAAGAAGUUUUGAUGUACGACACCCUGAAGCGGUCAUCAAUAUCCGGCUUUUAUCAACUGAUAUCCGGGAAUUGUUUCGGUAGAAGUCGGAUUAGAAUAAAUAUAAUAAAUCCAUUUUUAGAACGUUCAUUAAAAAUAAUCGAUCAAGUUUUCAUUCCUCUGUGUGUCGUCGAACAAGACAUGCUGGGCAACGAACGGGUCGAUAGAUUUAUUGAUUUGUUACCAAGUCGAGGUACCAAAGAUGAAGUUAAGAAAUUAUUUGAAUCAGUCGACAAAAGUGAGGACCGUUGGAACGCUUUCGUUAAUUAUUUCAACUCCAAAAUUUCAUCAGAAAGCGGAGUCUGGGUCGAUAAUAAAUAUUUUAUUGAAGAAAUAAAAUUACUCUUUUGCUACCCGCGAAUUGACAGAAAUGUCACGACGACGUUGAAUCAUUUAUUGAAGCUGCCGUUUUCAAUUCACCCGGCAACGAACCGAGUCUCUGUACCAUUCGAUCCAGCUGAUGUUGAUUCAUUUGAUCCACUGGCGGUACCGACACUUUGGCGGGUCAUCGAUGAAAAAAAUAAUUACAUUGAUUCAAAUAAUUUGAAAUUAACUGACAAACGCGGGAAUUUAAUUUCUUAUGCCCACAAAACCAGUUUGGAAAUUCCGCUUAAAGUUUUGGAUAAAUUUCUGGUGGAUUUGUAUCGCACUCAGCAUCCAGAGAGACUUGGAGAUAAAUUUAAAGAUGGAGAAAAUAAAGUUUGUAAGGAACAAGUCGAUGAGGAUGAAGAUAUUUUUGCAGAUUCAUAAAGAACUGAACUUUAAUAAAAAAAUUUUAUCUUUUUAAAUAGACAUGAGUGACGUUAAAUUAAUAGAUAACAGAAUUAUUAAUUACUCUGCUAGGAGUUUGAGUUCAUGAGAGCAAUGAAAAAUUAUUAAAUUUAUGUCAGUGCCGGCGACUCAAAAAGUAACAUCGGGAAUAAAUGAGAAAUUUAAUAUUUAAUAUCCACGUUAAUUAUUUUUAAAUAUGUACAAAAUUUUCCAAUUACUUUUUCUCAUCGCGAUAAUAAAAAUAAAUUUUACAACCACCGAUAAAUCGCAACACAAAAAAUAUCCUGAUGUAAUGAAAUGCAAAAUCCAUGGCUAUUGUAUAACAGACGAUGAUUGUUGCUCGCAAUUUUGUGAAAUCCAACAGAUUUUUAAAGGUCUCAAAUUGUCAGCAUGUGAGCCAUUUGAAAUUUUUGAUUUAUCUUUAAAAUAAUUAAAUAAAUAUGUGAUAAAAAAAAUUUAUGUCAUGAGAGAAUAAAUAAUUUUUUUAAUAAAAAAUAUAUAGACUGCAAUUGGGCACUUUAAUGCUGACAAUUAUCGAUUUUUUUUU